AUGGAGCACCGCAUCGUGGGGCCCGGGCCGUACUGGGCCACCAAGCUGUGGAAUGAAACAGUCGAGCUUUUUCGUGCCAAGAUGCCAUUACGGAAACAUCGUUGUCGUUUUAAAAGUUACGAACAUUGCUUCACAGCGGCCGAAGCUGUGGAUUGGCUACAUGAACUGCUGAGGUGCAGCCAAAACUUUGGCCCUGAAGUGACCCGCAAACAAACGGUCCAGCUGCUAAAAAAAUUCUUGAAGAAUCACGUUAUUGAAGACAUCAAGGGAAAAUGGGGCCAGGAAGACUUUGAAGACAACCGUCACUUGUACAGAUUUCCUCCUUCCUCACGUCUGAAACCAUAUCCAAAGAGGCCCCCAUAUCAAAAAGAUGUUAUUAAAUUUCCAGAAUGGGAUGAUCCCCCACCAGGUACUUCACAAGAGAACAUCCCAGUGAGGCCAGUUGUGAUGAAUUCUGAAAUGUGGUACAAGCGUCACAGUAUUGCUAUUGGAGAGGUGCCGGCUUGCCGUCUUGUCCACCGCAGACAGUUGACAGAGGCCAACGUAGAAGAGAUAUGGAAGACUAUGACAUUAUCAAAUUUACAGAAAAUCCUUGGCCUGGAUUCCUUAGAAGAAGUAUUAGACGUUAAACUUGUCAAUUCUAAGUUCAUCAUCCAUAAUGUAUAUAGUGUGAGCAAGCAGGGAGUUGUUAUCCUUGAUGACAAAUCAAAAGAACUUCCUCAUUGGGUACUGUCAGCUAUGAAGUGUUUGGCAAAUUGGCCUAAUUGUUCAGAUUUGAAGCAGCCUAUGUAUUUAGGAUUUGAAAAGGAUGUCUUUAAAACUAUAGCUGAUUACUAUGCUCAUUUGAAAGAGCCUCUGCUUACAUUUCACCUUUUUGAUGCCUGUGUCAAUGUAUUAAGUUUGUUACCAAAAGAGAAAAUGACCAUUGAAGCAUUUCAAAUUUGCUGCCUCCUCCUGCCCCCUGAAAAUAGGAGAAAGUUACAGCUGUUGAUGAGGAUGAUGGCAAGAAUCUGCUUAAAUAAGGAGAUGCCACCACUGUGUGAUGGCUUUGGCACCCGAACACUGAUGGUUCAGACAUUUUCCCAUUGUAUCUUGUAUUCCAAAGAUGACGUGGACUUGGAUGACUUAUUAGCUGCUAGGUUGGUGACAUUUCUGAUGGACAGUUACCAGGAGAUUCUGAAAGUCCCUUUGGCCUUGCAGACCUCCAUAGAGGAGCGUGUGGCCCAUCUACGAAGAGUCCAGAUAAAAUACCCAGGAGCUGAUAUGGAUAUCACUCUAUCUGCUCCAUCAUUUUGCCGUCAAAUUAGCCCAGAGGAAUUUGAAUACCAAAGAGCAUACGGCUCUCAGGAACCUCUGGCAGCCUUGUUGGAGGAAGUCAUCACAGAUGCCAAACUCUCCAGCAAAGAAAAGAAGAAAAAGUUGAAGCAGUUUCAAAAAUCCUAUCCUGAAGUCUACCAAGAACGGUUUCCUACACCAGAAAGUGAAGCACUUCUAUUUCCUGAAAAACCCAAAGCGAAACCACAGCUGCUGAUGUGGGCACUAAAAAACCCCUUCCAACCAUUUCAAAGAACUAGAAGUUUUCGAAUGUAAUACUUGGAUAGCUGUUAGAGACCUCUGUUGUUGCUGUUGUUUUGAGUAAAUGGGUGGUUAGAGAACUAUGGUGGAAGAAAGAAGCACAUAA